AUUUAUAUAAAACUGCCACAGGAGCUGAUUUUAAAUCCUUUUGGUGGUUUUAAGUUUUGAGAUGACUUCACUGAUCUUAUUGGACAGAUGUGACAAACAGCUGUUUUCCAGCUUCCUGAACAAAAAAUAUCAUUUUACACACGAACGACAGAGGUCCGAGCUUUCUGAACAGCAGGCUUUUAUUGUGAAGACGUGGCUCGGGAGCUUCCGGUCCGUGGUUGACUCUGUGGGACUUGACGCAGCUCAGCGGGUCUAUAAACCGGAGGACUCCAGCUGCGGGUCCAGAUGAGGAUGGCGGGGGCAGGCGCUCCGUCCCGGCUGUGACUGGCCUCACGCACCGCCUCCUCCUCCUCCUCCUCACCAUGCGGGACCCCCGGACCUGGACCCCCGCGUUCGGCCCGGCGGAGCGGGGCAAACCUGCCACCUACACCGGGGACAAGAAGGCGAAGCUGGUGGCCAAAGCCAACAAGAAGUGGGUGAGACUGGCCACCGUGGUGGUCUACGUCCUGUCCGUGUCUGUGGCCGCCGUCAUCCUGGCUGUUUACUACAGUCUCAUCUGGAAACCCACAGCUGGACCCGGACUGACCGGGACCGGGACCGGGACCUCCAGGACUGAGAGGAACAUCACUGGUCCAAGUUCUCACAGUAAUAAUCAUGAGACUAAAUGCAACGCCACUAUGAGCUCUAUUAAUAUUAAUAUUGAUCACACUGACACUCAGAGUACCGGCUCCGGGGAAGCGUCUCCCGGGGACACCGGCCGCCACACCGCUCUGGCUGCCCCGGUUCCUUCCACCGGACCGGCCGAGCCAGCUAAGGCCGGGCAGGGCUUCACCUCCCCGGCGCUGACCACCGCCGAGCCGCUCGCUGCGACCGCGGAGGAUCCGUCCAACCUACCGACACACCGGGCCGCGGCGGGCCGGGACCCGGCGGCCGGUGUCGGCUGGACGGAGACGGACUCCUCCGGGUCCGGGAUGGAGGAGCUAGUGACGGCGGAGAGGACCAUUACCGGGAAACUGUGACUCUUUCAAAAUAAAGUACCUGUAUGUAUUGUAUGAUUUAUGAUCACUUCUGUGUUGUCCCUUUAGUAAACACUGUGCGGGUUUAAAGCUGUGCCUGUAUUCAGUGUUUAGUUCAUGUGUUCGUUUCAUUUAGCUCUUCACAUCACGAAACACCGGGACCAGGACUUCACAAACACUGAGGUCUUGAGGACCCCAGACCCUCAUGUGGACCCCAGAUCUGACCUAAAUUCAAGUUUUAUUUCUUCAAAUAAUUGAUUUUUUAAAUCGUGUUGUUCAUCAUCUGAUGUUUAUCAUGUCAUGUUUAUUAUAUUUCAUAUUUUGACAAUUUAAAGGAUCAUUUAAACAAUAAAUCUCCGUUUUCAGAAGAC